GACAGUAUUUAAGCGUCAUUACUUAACCCUUUAACGACCAGAGAUCCCAUUUGGGAUCUUUAAAACAGCUACUUUCGGGUAGUCGUGGUGAACAAGUUUGAGCUUGUAUGAAAUUGACGCUUUGGCAACUCAUAGCUACACUCCUCUGCUCUUCGAAUCAACCAAUCAGAAGCCACCAGGCCCUCGCACAAAGACUGGAGGGCCUUCGACAGACACCUCAGUCGUGCGCAAGUUGGAAAACAGUCAAGACGUGCCGCAGUAACCUCCAAGUUUCCCCCCCCUCCGAACUUCGUAAUCAUGUUCCAAAGCAGUAUGUUUUAUGGGCAACGCAAUGCUGCAUUGGAGACUCAGGAACGUGUACCAUGGGUAGCCCCUGACGACGCUGAAGGAAGUGAUGUCGACGUGAGCCCUUUGGACAUUGACAGUGAUGAUGACGACCCUACCUACGUUCCUGACGAAGGCCUUACUCAGGACGAUGCCUUUGACCCUCCUAACUCUAGAGCUCGCAAGGUCAAUGUUGUUGUCCCUCAAGCGAUGCCUAUGGAAGAGGAAGGUGAGCCUAACCCUAAGAGGUCUCGUGCUGAUGAAUGGAAGAAGGAAGACAUUGAUAUCCGUGCCCUGCCCAACUUCAUUCAUCAGAAGCCUGACUAUUUGAGGGAACCUUAUGAAUAUUUCUCCCAGUUCUUCACAACUGAAUUGAGGGAACACAUUGUGUAUCAUCCAACCUGUACUCAAGACAGAAGGAUCGACAAUGACCAGGCAGCUGCAUCCCAAGAUCGGUUCUUCAAGGUGAGAGUCCCCUUCACCAAGGUCACCAGAGAGUUCCUGAAAGUUCCUGAGACUCCUAUCCACUCCAUUGAUGAAGUGAUGGUCGCCUAUAAGGGCACAAGGGCUGGUAACCUUCGCCAGUAUGUCGCAAAGAAGCCUGACAAGUGGGGCUUCAAGUUGUUCUGCCGCUCCAGUGUGGAUGGGUUUUGUGGCAUGAUAUUCUCAUGUAACCCCCCAAGGGGAGACAACCUUUGUGAGCCACCAUACUAUGCUAUCUGA